AUGUCGAGUAACAUCGACGAGGAGAAGUAUGUCGGCGACCACAAGUUGGACAACAGCAGCAGUCCAGAGUUGACGGAGACCGGCAUCGAAGACCACAAGCGGCCAUGGAAGGAACGCUUCGUCGACAGCUUCAAGCGGGACCCCAACGCUGCCAUCACGAAACCAGCGCAACGGAAUAUCAAGGGUGGAUUUGAUCAUGCUGGUGCUGCUGAGCGCACAGCUAAUUCUGGGUUGGCCCACAAGCUGAAGAAUCGCCACAUGCAAAUGAUUGCUAUUGGCGGAUCCAUUGGUACCGGUCUCUUCGUCACGUCCGGUGCGGCUUUAUCAAGAGGUGGCCCUGCCUCCUUGAUUAUCGCGUACGGUAUUAUCGGCAUCAUGUUGUUCUGCACCGUUCAGGCGCUUGGUGAACUGGCUGUGCAAUUUCCUGUGGCUGGAUCUUUCUCGGCUUAUUCGACCCGUUUCAUUGACCCGGCAUGGGGCUUUGCAAUGGGCUGGAACUAUGCCCUUCAAUGGUUGGUCGUCUUGCCGCUGGAGAUUGUCGCCGCCUCUAUUACACUAGAAUUCUGGCCCGGUGCCGCAGAAACGAAUAGUGCCGCCUGGGUCACAAUAUUUCUUGUCCUCAUUGUCGUCAUCAACUUUUUCGGCGUCCGGGGUUAUGGAGAAGCCGAGUUCGUCUUUGCAAUCAUUAAAGUGGUUGCUGUUAUCGGUUUCAUUAUCCUCGGCAUUGUCCUCAAUUGCGGCGGCGGUCCUAAGGGGUCCUACAUUGGCAAUGCUUUCUGGAAAACCAACAACGUCCCAGCAGACUACGCGGGCUAUGCUUCAGGAUCUCAGAAGCCUGGAAGCAUCGUGUCGGGACCGUUCAACCACGGCUUCAAAGGUCUCUGCAGUGUGUUCGUUACCGCUGCUUUCUCUUUCGCCGGAACUGAGCUUGUAGGUCUCGCCGCCGCUGAAGCCGACAACCCACGCAAGACCCUCCCUACCGCUAUCAAACAGGUGUUCUGGCGUAUUUGUGGGUUUUAUAUGGUCUCCUUGACACUCGUCAGUCUUUUGGUGCCAUAUGGUGAUUCGAGACUCCUUGGGAAGAGUUCCCAGGACGCUAAAGCCUCUCCUUUCGUCAUUGCUAUCAGCAACGCCGGUAUUGACGUCCUACCUUCGGUCUUCAACGUCGUUAUCCUCAUCGCCGUACUAUCUGUUGGCAACUCGUCCAUCUAUGGUUCUUCUCGGACUCUAGCCGCACUCGCAGAGCAAGGCCAAGCUCCUCGCUUCCUGGCAUACAUUGACCGUAAAGGCCGGCCUCUCUUCGCCAUCAUUACAGCAUCCAUCCUAGGUCUUCUCUGCUAUGUUGUCGCGGGGGGCCAAGAAACCGCCGCUACCGCGCUCAAUUGGCUCUAUUCCCUGUCCGGCCUGUCCUCUAUCUUUACCUGGGGUUCUAUUUGUUUGGCCCAUAUCCGCUUCCGUCGCGCCUGGCACAAGCAGGGUCACAGUCUUGACGAGCUAGCCUUCACAUCCCAAGUUGGCGUUAUUGGCUCCUGGGUGGGCUUCUCCCUGAACGUCUUGGUGCUGAUCUCGCAAUUCUGGACGGCUGCCUGGCCGGUCGGAUAUGGCGAGAUGACCAAGGUUGAAAUCGUUGAAAAUUUCUUCCUGGCGUAUCUAGCCGCUCCUGUCGUUAUCUUGAGCUACGUUGGGUAUAAACUCUAUUACAGGACCAGUAUCUUGCGGGCUUCUGAGAUGGACUUGGUUAGUGGCCAGAGAGACAUUGAUACUGCUGCAGUGGCUGAGGCAAAUCGCAUGGAGCGGAGGAACCUGCCUAGAUGGAAGAAGAUUUACAAGAUAUUCUGUUAG